GGAGGAAGGGGUGCGGGCGGCGGGCGGGAUCGUGCGAGGUGCGUGAAGCUUCGCUGCCUCCUGCUCCGGGACGCGGACGCUGGCGCGCGCGGACUUUCUCCAGAGCGGCGGAGCCCGCCUCUGUUGACAGCAUUUCCGAAGGCACCAGUAUUCCUCUGGGGACCCAUUCAUCAAAGAAAUAUGCUUGUACUAUUUUUAAAAGCUUUUUUACUUCAUCAGAGGAAAGUUCACCCCCCAAGAUGGAAAUGAGUACAUGUGAGAGGGCUAUUUAAGGUGUGACCAUUUGAGGCAUCCCAUCAAUCCCUGAAGAAAUAGAUUAUCUGAAACUACUUUUAACCAGGAAUAUUUUAUAUCUUGACACAAAGCAACUGUAUUCAAUUCAUAUUUUCUGAAAUGAAAAGCAGAAAACAAGAACAGAUUUAAGUAAAUGAAGAUGUUUCAUAAAUAAACAGUAUCAACUCUGUUCUUCCGACAAUGAUGGUGAUGUAAAGUGGGUUACAGAUCUGGGUGUGGCCCUAAAGACAAGAGACUUGAUGGGACUGAUGGUGAGAGCGAUAGGACGCUUUGUGCAUUCAGCUCUCAGUGACAGAAUUUGUCCUCAUCGGCAGCUUUCAUCAAAAUCCAGAAGUGCCGUCAUUUUUUUACUGCUGUUACUUUGAAAACUUCCUCGAAACUAGUUGACUACUAGUUAUAUAGAUUCAAGGAAGGCAGAUGUCUGCAAACAAUUCCCCUCCUUCAGCCCAGAAGUCUGUGUUACCUGCAACUGUUUCUGCUGGGCUUCCAACUCCUUCUCCGUGUUCAAGUCCCAAGACAGGACUCUCAGCUCGGCUCUCUAAUGGCAGCUUCAGCGCCCCAUCACUCACAAACUCUAGAGGCUCAGUACAUACUGUUUCAUUUCUACUUCAGAUUGGCCUCACACGAGAGAGUGUUACCAUCGAAGCCCAGGAACUGUCCCUGUCUUCUGUCAAAGACCUCGUGUGCUCCAUUGUUUAUCAGAAGUUUCCAGAGUGUGGAUUCUUUGGCAUGUAUGAUAAAAUUCUUCUCUUUCGCCACGACAUGAACUCGGAAAACAUUCUGCAGCUGAUUACCUCAGCAGAUGAAAUUCAUGAAGGAGAUCUUGUAGAAGUUGUCCUGUCAGCUUUGGCCACAGUAGAAGACUUCCAGAUCCGCCCUCAUGCUCUCUACGUACAUUCUUAUAAGGCACCUACUUUCUGUGAUUACUGUGGUGAAAUGCUCUGGGGAUUGGUACGUCAAGGGUUAAAAUGUGAAGGAUGUGGAUUAAAUUAUCAUAAACGAUGUGCCUUCAAGAUUCCCAAUAACUGUAGUGGAGUAAGGAAGAGACGUCUGUCAAAUGUGUCUCUGCCAGGACCUGGCCUCUCAGUGCCGAGACCCCUGCAGCCUGAGUGUGUGCCCCUUCUCAGUGAAGAGUCUCACACUCACCAAGAGCCCAGUAAGAGAAUCCCGUCCUGGAGUGGCCGUCCAAUAUGGAUGGAGAAGAUGGUGAUGUGCAGGGUCAAAGUUCCACACACAUUUGCUGUCCACUCUUACGGCCGUCCAACAAUAUGUCAGUACUGCAAGCGGCUACUGAAAGGCCUUUUUCGCCAAGGAAUGCAGUGUAAAGACUGCAAAUUCAACUGCCAUAAACGCUGUGCAUCCAAAGUACCAAGAGACUGCCUUGGCGAAGUUACUUUCAAUGGAGAGCCUUCCAGUCUGGGAACUGAUGCAGAUAUACCAAUGGAUAUUGACAAUAAUGAUAUGAACAGCGAUGGCAGCCGGGGCUUGGAUGACUCAGAGGAGCCAUCCCCACCAGAAGACAAAAUGUUCUUCCUGGACCCGGCUGAUCUGGAUGUGGAGCGGGAUGAAGAGCCUGUUAAGACAAUCAGUCCAUCCACAAGCAAUAAUAUCCCAUUGAUGAGGGUUGUGCAGUCCAUCAAGCACACAAAGAGGAGGAGCAGCACAAUGGUGAAGGAGGGGUGGAUGGUCCACUACACCAGCAGGGACAACCUGAGAAAGAGGCAUUAUUGGAGGCUUGACAGCAAAUGUCUAACAUUGUUUCAAAAUGAAUCUGGUUCAAAAUAUUAUAAGGAAAUUCCACUUUCAGAAAUUCUCCGCAUAUCUUCGCCACAAGAUUUCACUAGCAUUUCACAAGGCAGUAACCCACACUGUUUUGAAAUCAUCACUGAUACCGUGGUAUACUUUGUUGGUGAGAACAAUGGGAGCAGCUCUCCUAAUCCUGUUCUCGCUGCCACUGGAGUCGGACUUGAUGUAGCGCAGAGCUGGGAAAAGGCAAUCCGGCAGGCCCUCAUGCCUGUUACUCCUCAAGCAAGUGUUUGCACUUCUCCAGGCCAAGGAAAAGACCACAAAGAUCUGGCUACCAGUAUCUCCGUAUCUAACUGUCAGGUUCAGGAGAAUGUGGAUAUCAGCAGCGUUUACCAGAUCUUUGCAGACGAGGUGCUCGGUUCUGGCCAGUUUGGCAUUGUUUAUGGAGGGAAGCACAGAAAGACUGGAAGGGACGUGGCUAUUAAAGUCAUCGAUAAGAUGAGAUUCCCCACAAAGCAAGAGAGUCAACUGCGGAACGAAGUGGCUAUUUUACAGAAUCUGCACCAUCCUGGGAUUGUAAAUCUGGAAUGUAUGUUUGAAACCCCAGAACGAGUCUUUGUAGUGAUGGAAAAACUUCACGGAGAUAUGUUGGAAAUGAUUCUGUCCAGUGAAAAAAGUCGACUUCCAGAGCGAAUUACUAAAUUCAUGGUCACACAGAUACUUGUUGCCUUGAGGAACCUACAUUUUAAGAAUAUUGUGCACUGUGAUUUAAAGCCCGAAAAUGUGCUGCUUGCAUCAGCAGAGCCAUUUCCUCAGGUGAAGUUGUGUGACUUUGGGUUUGCCCGCAUCAUUGGUGAGAAGUCGUUCCGGAGGUCAGUGGUGGGAACUCCAGCCUACUUGGCCCCCGAGGUUCUCAGGAGCAAAGGUUACAACCGUUCUCUAGAUAUGUGGUCAGUGGGCGUCAUCGUCUAUGUGAGCCUCAGCGGCACGUUUCCGUUCAAUGAAGAUGAAGACAUAAAUGACCAGAUCCAAAAUGCUGCGUUUAUGUACCCACCGAACCCAUGGCGAGAGAUCUCCAGUGAAGCAAUUGAUUUGAUAAACAACUUGCUUCAAGUGAAGAUGAGAAAACGUUACAGUGUUGACAAAUCUCUUAGUCAUCCUUGGCUACAGGACUAUCAGACUUGGCUUGACCUCAGAGAAUUUGAAACUCGCAUUGGAGAACGUUACAUUACACACGAAAGUGAUGACGCUCGCUGGGAAAUACAUGCAUACACACACAACCUCGAAUACCCAAAGCAUUUCAUUAUGGCUCCCAAUCCAGAUGAUAUGGAGGAAGAUCCUUAAUUAUCAGUGAAGAAGCGUUCUAUUUCAUGAGCAGAUAUUUGGCUGC